AUGCAGCUCAUAGGCGACUCGGCCCCGAAGCGCGCCGCGGCCGCCGGAGAGCCGGCCGCUGGCGCGCGCCAGGCGUGCGCGCCCCCGGACUGCUGGGGCGACUGCGCCUUGUGCCAGCCCAGCGCGCUUGCGGCCGCGGCGUCUGGCCGGCUGAGUGGGCCCGCUGGGUUGUCUGCAGACGGCGGCCGGAUGGCCCGCGCCCGCGCCUGCAGGUCUCCAGAGGCGGAUCGUUCUUCAGAUAUCGGCUGUCAAGCAGCGGGGCGCGGGCGACCGGCUCAUGCCCUUGCGGGCCACGCCCUCGGCCGCGGAGGUGUCCGCGACGGCGACAUGUCGGCCCUGGCGAGGUGGUGCUCCCGCGUCUGGCUGGCCAACCGCGCCCGGGGCGUCUCUGCUUCACUGAUGCGCCGCCCCCGCAGAGGCGGCGGGAGUGGCAGGCAGUGGGAGGCGCUCCGGCCGCUGGAGCCGCGCGUCGAACGAGACGGCCCCGAGCGCUUCGGUGCCGCGCGGUUCGCCUUGGCCUCGGGCGUCGCCGGCGAGGGCGCCGCGCGGAGACGCCUGUCCGUGUCGCAGCUUCCUCCAUGGGCCUUGUCAUGCAGCGCUCGCAGGAAGACUCCGCCUGCCUUGCCCCGCGAGAGCGAGGGCGCCCGGCUCUCCGGGCGAGCGUGCCGCGCGGGCUUGUCUGAGCUCGUCAGCGUACUUCCGAGUUCUGUCCGUGGAGAUUCGCCGCUCCACCAGCGCGCCCCCAGGGGCCCCGCGCAGCGGGGGCAAGCGAAAGCAUGCCCCCAGGGCGCCUUCGGCCGGGGGCGAGAAGAGCGCGCCCGCUGGGCCCGAUUCGUUCGCGACCCCAAAACCCACGAGGCGAUGCAGGCCGAGAAAGAGCUGGAAUUCUUCCGCAGCCGUCUCCGCAGGGGCACAAGUGACCGCGUCCUCGACGUGGUGACGAACCAGAAUCCCAGAGAAUCUGCGCGCCGCGGCGACGAGAUCGCGCGGCAGGCGAGCGCGCUGCCGCGGCUGCGCCCGCCCCCCGAACGCCGUGCGCCGAGGGGCCGCUGCCGCUGUCUCCCCCGCGCCGGUGUCGACGGCGACCGAGAUGGGGGAGCGUCGAUGGGCGGGCGUGGGCCCGGCCCAGUGAAACAUGUUCUUCCGGUCAACCUUCGCGAGCGACAGCUAGGCGCAGUCGCGCGCCUCGGCGACCGCGCGCGCGAGGGCGGCGACGCCGUCGACGCCCUCGUCGGCAGGCAGGUGGCUGGGGCGCCCCGAGCCAGGGAGCAUCUGGCAGUCCCUUUCCUGGCAGAGGCCGACAAGGUCCAGGAGAGCAUCGAGUCCAUGACGCCGGCGGCCGCCGCGGCUGCCGCUGAUCAAGUACUCACCGCGCUGUUCGGCACGCGCGUCUUCGACUUGGAAGAGACGACGAUUGGCGACGACAUCAUUGAUAAUGCGAACCCGUGGGCAAAACGAGUGAAGGCCGAUAUCUUUGAUAGUUUGAACGAGAUGGAGUUGCCCGAGAACAAAAAGACCACCGUGGGUGCGGGCGUGGGCGUGGCCGUGCCGGUCUUCCGGCUCCGCGAGUUCGCCUCCGACGCGGCGGAGGCCGGGAGAUCGAGAGGCGCAGAGUUCUCCCAGACCAUGAGUAGGAUCUCCCUGCGGCACACGCUCGCGGGCCAGGCUGCGGCGCUGACUGCAAGGGACCUCUGCGUGGAGUUGUCCAGCUGGCAUCUGAAGGCCUCGGCCCCUGGCAGGCCCGAGCUCGACGAGGUCCUGAGGCCCCUGUGCGGCGACCUCGGCGGCGGGGUGCGCCGAGACCUCUCGUGGUGGGCGCUGGAGAAGGACCACAGCGGAGACAACGUGUUUACAAUCCAGCUCGUGAAGAGGGAGCACAAGGCUUGGAGCAGCGUGUGGUGCAUGGGUAUAAACCCUCAUCGAAAACAGACGUUUGCGUGGACGGAGAGGCAAAGGGACUCCGCCGCCGUCGCGGCGACGAAAGCCGAGGACAUGCUCGUGCGAGUGAGGCCCGGCAAGCACGCGAAGCAAGACAAGGACCCCUUCGUCAUCAGCCGGGAGAACCUGUGCCGCAGCUACGAGGAGGGUCAGACCGAGACCACGGUCACGCUCCGGGUGCACUUCUGGCCAGAUCACCUGGAGUCGGCGGCCCAGUCCGUGCCGAUGGGAGAGCUCUUCGGCGCCGACGUGACGGACAGGUGCUGCAAGGUGUUCAUCAGGGGCGACGAGCGGAGUCCGAUGAUCAUGGGCGAGCUGUCCAAGGCCGUCGUGCCUGAAAGGACAACGUGGAGCAUAAUCAAGGCCAAGCCGCCGCCAGACUUGGACCAGGAGGGGCGGCCGGUGCCCAGGACGCCAGAGGAAGAGAAACUGGCCGACUGCCUGCAGGCUACGCCGCGUCGGGCCGACCUACUCGCCCCCGCGGCGCAGGGCGUGGCGCGAACCGGGGCCGUGACCGAAAGGUGCCAGCCAAACGCUCUGGCCGCCCCGGCUGGCGCCCGCAGCGCCGCGCAGACUUCCGCGUCCUGUGCGGCCGGGCCGUUGUUUGCCCCGCAGGACCUCCAGGUCCCGCAGGUCCAUGCUGACAAGUUUUGCCGAGAUCGUCGGCGCGAGCGUGCGCUGCAGCAGUGCAUGGAAACGGGCAACAAUCGCUUGGCGGGCUUCUGUGCGGAGGCCGAGUCAUUCGGCCUAGACCUACGGGGGUACGUUCGAAUGAGGGCGGAACUUGUUCAGAGGGUCGUCGCCUCUGGGGGUAAAGCCAUCUGCUACUAUUCGGAGAUCAGGUACGAUGAGACUCCAAUGAGAACCAUGUGUGUCGACGUGGAGGCGUCGAUUGAGGUCAUCUCUGACCAGUUGUCUUUGGAAGUGGCCGAUCACGACCCUGCCGCAGUCGCAUAUGUUUGCAUAGCGCCCCACGUUGCCAAGAUAGUCCAGACAUUGAGGUCAGAGAAUGCGUUGCUUCAACUCUCGAACGGAACGUUCCUGCCCGUCCGCUGCCCCAUCCCAUGUUGGCUUCAUAGUAUUUCAGGUGGCAAAGGCGAGAACUAUUUCACAGCAUUGGCUGCGAGCGAGGUGGCGCCUGAGCUUCCACAGGACGUGUUGGCAGCGUUUGCUCGUCGACAACGGAGUGUCUGCACAGGCGCCGACGGGGCAGUCGACAGCGCAGAGCGAGCAGUGUCUGCAGCGGACAAGGGGCUUGUGGCACUCAAGACGAAGUGCGAGGCAGCAGGCGCAGAUUCGAACGACAAGAGGACAGAGCAAUCGAAACGCAAGUUUUUCGGCGUCAAGUGGCUGCAGCAGAUUUUUGGUCAUGCCCUCGGCACGUUCCUCAUGGUAUCGAAUGUGCUGGUCCCCCUCGCACACAUCGUGGACAACUGCUUGAAAGCUGGCUCCGAAAGUCGGGGCCAACACGUGGAACUAGAGGGUCUUCUCGGCGUACCUGGUGGCGGCAUUGCGGGGGGCCGCCACGCGCUGCUGGCAGCGGAGUGCAAGUUCGAGAACCAAUGCUUUGACGAGCUCGUGGGCAUAAUGGUAAAUCCUGCUCAAUGGCACCUCAUGCGAAGCGCGCUGCGAUUCGCCGAGUGCUGCACCAACACUCAGUUCAAACCCACGCUGUGCUGUUCGCUCACAUGUCGGAGACGUUGGGCACCGACCGGCUUGGAGACGUGA